AUGUCCGUGUCUAUACACUCUCUUUCCGCUGAAGUACUCCAGAACAUCACUCUCCUGGCCUCCGACACCCUCGGUCCUCCUUGUGAAUGGUCUGCCCUCACUCGGUGCUGUCACUCUUUUCGUCGCAAGUUGGAUGUACCGGCUAUGCACGCUCGCUUGUUCUCUCAAAAGUUCCAAGUGCCAGCAGAGGCCCAUCAUCUCCUACCAAUACAUGCUCGAGACGAGUUGCAACGGAGGUUUGCUGCGUUGAAUUUCUUUCGAAAAGUUGAAAGCCUCGGAUCGGCCCCCGCGUUUACGGAUGCGCUCUGGGUCGCCUACGUCAUGCUCAAGGCCGAAGCGCCGCGGCAAAUGAACGUGGACCAACUAUUGUGGGCUGGUCUUCCUAGCCUGUUACUUCGCUACGUGCAACACCAUUUGGUGGGCCAGAGUCAUGGCUGGCCUGCUGUCAACGAGACUACCUCACUUGUCGUCGCUCUCUUGUGGCUGCUGUCCUCUGAAGAGUCUGUUGCAACAGAAUCAGCAACCACUAGGGAGGCAGUUAUGGAGCGGAUAAGACCUUACGUGCUGGCUGCAUUCAAGUAUCCUGUGUCGAGCACGCCAUGGCGUUCAACUUCGGAGUCGGCUUCUUCGCAGGGUAAUUUCACUAGCCAACUCGAAGAGGAAGAACUGACGGUCUGGCAUGCAUCGGCAGGCACAAUCGUUAUCGCUCCCACACGCCAGGUGCAUUACUUUGGCCAGCGGACGGUCCACGUCCCCGCGGUUCCGAUCUACUCCAUUUUAUGCUACUUCACGAGGCUGGACAUGCUCAGUCCCAUGUUUCCUGUCCAUCUCAGCGCAGCUUCUCCGCCAAAAGGCCCUCGUCGAGAGGACGUAGAACACUUCAUCAAAGAAUGUCGUACUCCCUUCGAGCCGUGGAACUCAAAACCAAUGAUGAACACAAGCAACGACGCGCUUAGUCGAUCGUUGAAUCAACCAUAUUUUCCUGGCUCGCUGUCUGGGAGAUGGAAAGGAUCGUCGAUCAUUCCAAAUAUAAACGACUAUAUGCACUGGAAAGAGGAAUCAGAAGCACCGGAGGCAAUGGAGACAUUUUGUCGCCAACCGUUAUACUUGACGCUUCAGGAACACUUUUGUUAUGAGCCCGUGCAGCAGGAACAUUGUUUACCGGAAACGUGGGUGGAGUGGGAGGAUGAAAUUCAAGUGGAGAGUUGGUCUAGAACAUACAAGACACAUCGGGGGGAGCGUCCACCGCAGAAAGAGAUCUUCGAUGUCCUUGUAACUGGACAGACUGAUGAUCCAUAUGCCACUGCCUGGGGUCAUUUCAAAUUCGUGGGUCGAAUUCGCAUGUCUGAUGGGCUGGUCGUUCUUCGUCGCGAAUCGGUUGCUGGUCUAGGAACCACGAUACUUCGUGGCUACAUGUCCUCUCGUCAGAAUUUCUGUGGAAGAUAUCGUGCUAUCGAUAAUGGGAACUCGGCGCUAGAAUGGGAGGCUGCCUUUAGCUUGUGUAAAAUGUUGGACUGA